AUGAUAUUCACGCGACCCCGUCUCCGCGUCGCCCAGCCCAAGUCGGCUUUCGCAGAGGGAAAUGCCCGCUGGACCAACCUCGAUCUUGAUCCUGUCCCUCUUCACCGUCGAAAAUGGGGGCCAUUGAGUUUUGUUGCGUACUGGAUCUCCGACGCUUUCAACGCCGCAACAUGGCAGUUCGCUAGUAGCAUCAUCGCUGUCGGGCUGAGCUGGCGUGAGUCGCUCGCCAUCGUGGCCAUCUCCUUCUUCAUCAUCUCCUUCGUCAUUGCCGCCAAUGGUGCCGUCGGGGCUAUCUACCACAUCCCGUUUCCCGUCAUCGCCCGCGCGAGCUGGGGCUUCUGGGGCUCCUACGUCGCCAUCAUCUCUCGCGUGAUUCUGGCGAUCUUCUGGUUUGCGGUACAGAAUGUCAACGGGGGCAAUGCCGUGCGGUGCAUGAUCGGCGCCAUCUGGCCGAGUUUCCUGACGUUGAAGAAUGACAUCCCCGAGGACGAGGGCAUCACGACCACCGGGAUGGUGGGAUACCUAAUCUUUUUUAUUGUGCAAUUUCCGUUCCUGUGCAUUCACCCGAAUAAGGUCCGGUGGCUGUUUGUCGCCAAAUCCAUCAUCGUGCCCAUUGCGUGGCUGGCGAUUCUCAUCUGGGCGUUCGUGGCCGAGGGCGGCGGAGCGAUCUUGGACCAGAAGCCCACGGUUUCCGGGUCCAAGUAUAGCUGGCUGUUCCUGGCGAAUAUGACGUCUGUACUGGGGAACUAUGCCACGCUCAGUGUGAAUCAGUCCGACUUCUCUCGAUACUCCCGCGUCAGCCCCAGAUGGCAGCUCCUCUACAUCCCCAUGCUCCCCAUCGUCUUCACCUUCAUCUCCUUCAUCGGCAUCGCCGCCUCCUCCGCCGGCCAGUCGCGCUACGGCGGCGAUAUCCCCUGGGACCCGAUCGUGCUGAUCAGCCACUGGACCAGCCGCGCCUGCCGCUUCUUCGCCGCCUUCUCCUUCGCCCUCGCCUCCCUGGGCGUCAACAUCUCCGCCAACUCCAUCUCCGCCGCCAACGACCUGACCGCGCUCGCACCGCAGUACAUCAACCUGCGCCGCGGGCAGAUCAUCUGCGCGAUCCUCUCGUGGUGUCUCGUCCCCUGGAAGAUCCUCGCGUCCGCGGGGAGCUUCCUGAACUUCAUGUCCGCGUACGCCAUCUUCCUCGGCCCCGUCGGCGCAAUCAUGCUCUGGGACUUUUGGCUCGUCAAGCGGCGGAAGUACGAUACCCUGGCGCUGUAUCAGCCCUCGAACCCGACGUAUCGGUAUUCCGCGUGGGGAAUGAACUGGCGCGCCCUCGCCGCGUUCCUGGUUGGCGUGGCGCCGAAUCUACCGGGUUUGAUCGCGUCUGUGAACAGUACCAUUCAUGUCGGGGUUGGGAUCCAUCCGUACCAGUUUGGGUGGCUGUUGGGGUUUGUGGGUACGAGUAUCGUCUAUGUGGGUCUGUCGCUUUGGUUCCCGGCGCGGGAGACCUUGAUUGAGCGGGCCGUGCUGGCGGAUGAGAUUUACGAUAGCAGGGGGACGGUGGAGGGGGUUGAUGCGGGUUCAGAGGAGGUUUUGGGGGAGGGCGGGGGUCGGGAAGAGAAGAUGCUCGGUGUGAAGGACGGGAUAUUAGAGAAACGAAUCUGA